GAGGUGAGUGCUGGACGUUCGCGGCUGAAACUACGCGUGUCUGCUCCUCAGCUGCUGUUUGACUGAUCCUGGCUGAGGUCUGCGUGGUGACAGCAACGGCCGAGGCAGGGGUAUCUGGGAUUGCCUCACCUGUGGUAUCAGCCAUUAUAACAUGGGGCUCACCAAGCAGUACCUACGCUAUGUUGCUAGUGCAGUUUUUGGCCUGAUUGGCAGCCAAAAAGGUAAUAUUGUCUUUGUGACACUUCGUGGUGAGAAAGGACGCUAUGUAGCAGUACCAGCCUGUGAGCACGUUUUCAUCUGGGACUUGAGGAAAGGAGAAAAGAUCCUCAUCCUUCAGGGGCUUAAACAUGAAGUCACUUGCUUAUGCCCCUCCCCAGAUGGACUGCACUUAGCUGUUGGUUAUGAGGAUGGAUCUGUCCGAAUCUUCAGUCUUCUGAGUGGGGAAGGAAAUGUGACCUUCAAUGGACACAAAGCAGCUGUCACUACCUUGAAGUAUGAUCAGCUAGGAGGCAGACUAGCAUCUGGGUCCAAGGACACAGAUGUUAUUGUGUGGGAUGUGAUCAAUGAAAGUGGCCUCUACCGUCUAAAAGGACACAAGGAUGCCAUUACACAGGCAUUGUUUCUACGAGAAAAGAAUCUGCUAGUUACUAGCGGGAAAGAUACCACGGUGAAAUGGUGGGACCUUGAUACCCAGCACUGCUUCAAAACAAUGGUUGGCCAUCGAACUGAGGUAUGGGGAUUGGUUUUGGUGUCAGAAGAGAAGCGACUCAUCACUGGGGCCUCAGACAGUGAACUGAGGGCUUGGGACAUAACCUAUCUGCAAGAGAUUGAAGAUUUGGAAGAACCAGAGCCAAAGAAGAUUAAAGGGUCUUCUCCUGGAAUACAGGCCUCUCUUGAAGCAGAGGAUGAUACCCCGGAGGUGGAUGAAGCUCCUGAAGAUCGUAUCCUUUCAUGCAGAAAAGCUGGUUCCAUAAUGCGAGAAGGAAGAGACAGAGUUGUGAACCUCUCAGUUGACAAGACAGGCAGGAUUCUUGCUUGCCAUGGAACUGAUUCUGUGCUAGAAGUGUUUCAUAUCCUUUCCAAAGAGGAAAUUCAGAAGAAAAUGGAUAAGAAGAUGAAGAAAGCUAGAAAGAAAGCAAAAUUAAAUUCUUGUGAAGGGGAAGAGGAAGACCUUGAAAUCAAUGUUGAAAUGACUCUGCAAGAUGAAAUACAACGGGUGGUCAAUAUCAAAACUUCUGCAAAAAUCAAAUCCUUUGACCUGAUUCAUACACCUCAAGGAGAGUUAAAGGCUGUCUUCUUGCUGCAAAACAACUUGGUGGAAUUAUAUUCAUUGCAUCCAUUCUUACCUACUCCUCAACCUGUCAGGACAAGCAGAAUCACCAUCGGGGGUCAUCGCAGUGACGUGCGGACUCUGUCAUUCAGCUCAGACAACAUUGCUGUCCUUUCAGCAGCAGCUGAUUCCGUUAAGAUAUGGAACAGGUCCACCCUGCAGUGUAUUCGCACCAUGACCUGUGAAUAUGCACUCUGUUCAUUCUUUGUACCUGGCGACAGGCAGGUGGUCAUAGGAACAAAGACAGGGAAGCUACAGCUUUAUGACUUGGCCUCAGGAAAUCUGCUGGAGUCGGUAGAUGCCCAUGAUGGAGCGUUGUGGUCCAUGUCUCUCUCUCCAGAUCAGCGUGGCUUUGUGACAGGUGGUGCAGAUAAAUCUGUCAAGUUCUGGGAAUUUGAAUUGGUGAAAGAUGAAAAUAGUACCCAGAAGAGACUUUCUGUGAAGCAUACCCGGACCUUACAGCUAGAUGAAGAUGUUCUGUGUGUCAGUUACUCUCCUAAUCAGAAGCUGUUGGCUGUGUCGUUGCUGGACUGUACAGUGAAAGUUUUCUAUGUCGACACUUUAAAGUUCUUUCUCUCACUUUAUGGACACAAACUGCCUGUUAUAUGCAUGGACAUCUCUUAUGAUGGAGCACUAAUAGCAACUGGGUCUGCCGACAGGAAUGUGAAAAUCUGGGGUUUGGAUUUUGGGGACUGCCACAAGUCUCUCUUUGCGCAUGAUGACAGUGUGAUGUACCUGCAGUUUGUACCCAAGUCUCACCUCUUCUUCACGGCUGGGAAAGACCAUAAGAUCAAGCAAUGGGAUGCAGACAAAUUUGAGCACAUACAGACUCUGGAGGGGCAUCACCAGGAAAUAUGGUGUUUGGCUGUAAGCCCCAGCGGGGACUAUAUUGUAUCAUCGUCCCAUGACAAAUCUUUGAGACUUUGGGAGAGGACAAGGGAGCCUCUUAUACUUGAGGAAGAAAGGGAGAUGCAAAGGGAAGCAGAAUAUGAGGAGAGUGUGGCCAAAGAAGACCAACCAGCAGUUCCAGGGGAAACUCAAGGUGACAGUUACUUUACUGGAAAGAAAACUAUUGAAACAGUCAAAGCAGCUGAGAGGAUCAUGGAGGCUAUUGAGCUAUACCGAGAAGAAACUGCAAAAAUGAAAGAACACAAAGCCAUUUGUAAAGCAGCAGGGAAAGAGGUUCCUCUUCCCAUCAACCCCAUCCUGAUGGCUUAUGGCAAUAUCUCACCUUCAGCCUAUGUAUUAGAGAUUUUUAAAGGGAUCAAGUCAAGUGAGCUGGAAGAAUCUCUGCUUGUGCUGCCUUUCUCGUAUGUCCCAGACAUUCUUAAACUCUUCACCGAGUUCAUCCACCUGGGGUCGGACAUUGAACUUCUGUGCAGGUGUCUCUUCUUUCUCCUCAGAAUUCAUUUCGGACAGAUUACUAGCAAUCAAAUGCUUGUGCCAGUGAUAGAAAAGUUAAAGGAAACAACGAUUUCAAAAGUCAGUCAAGUCCGGGAUGUCAUUGGCUUCAACAUGGCAGGUCUUAAUUAUCUCAAGAGAGAAUGUGAGGCAAAAAGUGAAGUCACGUUUUUUGCUGAUGCUACUAGCCACUUGGAAGAGAAGAAGAGGAAGAGGAAAAAGAGGGAGAAGCUAAUUUUAACAUUGACUUAGAACUGAAAUGUUUUUCUCUUUCUACUCAUUCCAUUAAAGGACUUUUAAAUUAAGCAACAGUAGAGUUGGUGUCAUCUUAAAAAUACCAAAUAACAGAAGAUUGUGUUCCAGAAGAUCUCAGGAUGUGGUUCCCAGCUUUGCCUGAGGGAUUUGCAAAAUGGGAUUAUGGGCUGGCUCCAUUUCUUGGAUUUGAAAAGCUCGAUUAAUUUAAAAAUCUUUCUGUGCUUUCAAGGCUUGGGCCCUGCAGGAGGUGUUCUCUUUAUAUUCUAGCAGGGAGUGAAGAAUUUUUAAAUUA